UUUUGCGGGCGCCUUAGUAAAGCGCAGCGCGCCCUAGAGCAGCGCUUCGCCCGUUCCUACCCACCCCUUCCCUUUAAGUUGCUUUUGUAGGCAUUUCGUUGUUCUUGGUGUGUUCCUCGGAACAUUGGUCGUCGUGUCUGUGUUGUGCGAGGACGUCAGGCUCCGCCUCCAAGUUCAUCGUUCCGAGCCUCGGCGGUAUAACACCUAUCACCCUUCGUCGAACUGUAGAAACAAGACACAAACCUUAGGCGCUGCCUGUGCGGGAGGCUUGUUGCGACUCCUUCCACACCAGCGUAUUACGGUCUGCAGCUGUGAGUUCCUGUUCGCGAGUUUUUGGUGAGCGCGAAUUCUAACUCUUUGUUGCACAUCGGUUACACCCCCGACUGCGAUCGUCUUAGCGAGCGACGAAACACCCUGCCUUUUAAGUUUAAAACAACCUUCGAGAAUCGUUGCAGCAGUGUCGGCGACCAUCGGCUUCUGCGUGAGUUGCAAAACAUCGGCCGAAGCGAGACGCUACGUCGUCGUAUUUUUAUUUGUUCCUUCGUUGUCAUCGGCGUGUGUGGAAACACCGGCUGUCUGAGCACCUACAAUGAACGGCGAUCCACCGGAUAAGAUGUCGGCCAAGGCCAUGCUGGAGUUCCCGGCGUACAAGGACCGUUCCAGGCGGCGAAUGUCGCUCCCCGUGGGUCGGUACCUGGACAGCCGCCGCUCCAGCGCCGUCUCCACCUGCUCAUCCUCUUCGUACACAGACACGAGCUCGGACGAUGAAGGUGUGUCGCCCCGCGAGAAAGUCCAGAAGAACUCCAAGGGCUUCAGCGACUUCUGCGUCAAGAACAUCUCGCAGGCGGCGUUCGGGCGACGAGAGAUCGAGAUCGCCGAGCAGGAGAUGCCCGGCAUCAUGGCUUUGCGCAAGCGGGCUGAGCAGGACAAGCCGCUCCAGGGUGCCAAGAUUGUCGGCUGCACACACAUCAACGCACAGACAGCCGUACUCAUUGAAACGCUGGUCGCACUUGGGGCGAGCGUGAGGUGGGCUCCGUGCAACAUCUACUCUACCCAGAAUGAAGUUGCAGCUGCUCUUGCUGAGGCAGACAUAUCUGUUUUUGCCUGGAAGGGCGAAUCUGAGGACGACUUCUGGUGGUGCAUAGACAGAUGUGUUCAUUCAGAAAACUGGCAGCCAAACAUGAUUCUGGAUGAUGGUGGUGAUGCGACGCACCUUAUGCUCAAGAAAUAUCCGGCCAUGUUCAAGCUGAUCAAGGGCAUUGUCGAGGAGAGCGUGACAGGCGUGCACCGCCUGUACCAGCUCUCAAAGUCCGGCAGGCUCACCGUACCGGCCAUGAAUGUCAACGACUCUGUCACCAAGACAAAGUUCGACAACCUCUACAGCUGCAGAGAAUCCAUCCUUGAUGCGCUCAAGCGAUCGACCGACGUCAUGUUUGGCGGCAAGCAGGUCCUGGUGUGUGGUUAUGGCGAAGUAGGCAAGGGAUGCUGCUCGGCCCUGAAGGGCAUGGGCGCCAUCGUGUACGUCACCGAGAUCGAUCCCAUCUGUGCCUUGCAAGCCUGCAUGGACGGCUUCCGUGUGGUGAAGAUCAACGAAGUUGUUCGCAACAUUGACAUUCUCAUCACUGCCACUGGUAACAAGAACGUUGUCCAGCGAGAACAUAUGGACAAGAUGAAGAACAGCUGCAUCGUCUGCAACAUGGGACACUCCAACACUGAAAUCGAUGUGCAAAGCCUGCGGACUCCUGAGCUGACAUGGGAGAAAGUUCGUUCGCAGGUGGACCACAUCAUCUGGCCAGAUGGGAAGCGCAUUGUGCUACUCGCUGAGGGACGUUUGGUGAACUUGAGCUGCUCCAGUAUCCCCUCCUUUGUGGUGUCCAUUACUGCGGCAACUCAAGCUUUGGCUCUGAUCGAGCUCUACAACGCCCCUCAUGGGCGCUACAAGAGCGACGUCUACCUGCUGCCCAAGAAGAUGGACGAGUACGUUGCCAGCCUCCACCUCCCGACAUUUGACGCCCAUCUGACUGAGCUGACUGACGACCAGGCCAAAUACAUGGGCCUCAACAAGGCUGGGCCUUUCAAGCCCAACUACUACAGGUAUUAACUGCCACGUCGUCACAUAGUAGAGCAAGGGAACAGCCGAGCAUUCCAGUGGGCACAGCCGGAACAAGGAAGGGAGGAAAGAAGCCUUGGAACGCACCUGACCGAAAGGGGAAAAGCCGCAUGUGUUGAAAAAGCAAAUGCGAAAAGAAGUUUACAACCAUGAGGGGAUAAAGGGUAAAGAGGGGAGGAGGGGUAUUGGAACGGCUCAGCGAAAAGGAGAGGGAAGAAGUGUGAAUCAAUACGUUCAUCCCUCUUGUACAUAGGCUAGACUCUCUUUCUCUCUUUUAGUGCCUGUUACGAGACAGCGAGAUACUACGUGGAUCGAUGACACUUCUCUCCCUCUUGUACAUAAACGCUUAUAGACUUUCUUAGUGCCUGUUCGAGAUGGCGAGAUCACCUUGCAGCUGAUAAUCCUCGUGGUUAUACAUAGAACGUCUUAGGAAUCGAGCACCGCGCUAGUUUGAAAUGUAGCCCGACCGGCGCACGGUCAGACUGUCUUCACGUUUUGCGUCCACUCCCCCCGGAUACGAGGCUAGCCCCAUCUCGUUUUACUUUUCCUCUGGAUUCCUUACACGGGAAGUGCAAACAUCCUUUUUCUUUCUUUCUUUCUUUUUUCACACUUGGUGUAAAUUUUGCUGCAUCAGCCACACAGAAAUGUGAUUGCAGAUAACAAGAAACCGGUGUUGUUGACUGUGGCAGUCUCAGUAUUGGCGUUUAUUUAAGUGUUUCAGCACCCAUUUUUUAAAUGCUCCGAUUCAUUGCUGACAGCACUGUAUGGGUCUUUUUCAUUUAACAGUAACUUUUGGAUGAUGGAGUUAACUUACAUAGAUAUUCCAGUUACACAACUACGUAUCACAAGUACGUUUCUUUACUCACUCGUUGUUUACUGCAUAUUAAGCGCGUGUGCAAUCUGUCAUUUGGCAUUACAUUUUGCUCUAGCAGGUAACGAGCUCAUCACUCUGUCACUAAUCAAAAAGCACCUUAUUAGCGUCGUUGUAAGCAGGCAACCCUUGCAGUUUUCUGAAAAUUUGUGCUGCAAUAAUAUUCCACUGCAAAGUUUUUUUUAAAACUUACCGGUGUAGCUUCUUUUUGCUUUCCUUAAACUUCCACUUGUGCACUUGCGAGCUGUUGAAGAGGCGCUUUCGUGGGACUUGAUCCUCCUAAACGGUUGGUUAAGAAACAUGGUGGCAAUUUCUACGGUCACCGGCUAGUGCUUAACCGUUCCCAAACUGCCGAGACAAAACUUAAAAACAUCGCAUUUGUGUCGGACUCACGAGAAGUAUUAAGAGUGUCUGAUUCAUGUCCAUCAUCUAUUUGGAACAGUUCUAUUAGGGAAUUUUUUUGUAGGGGGAAUGAUUUGAGUGAGGAAGUGUUGGCUUCUGCGCGAAAAAGUUCCAUGCCCAGUAUCACUCCUUCCCUAAGUUCUCACCGAGGGGCCUCAGUGAGGAAUGUUGCCAUGACUCUAACGAGAACACGUCGAGAUAUUCAACUUGCAUGUUGGGGUCAUACGUUACAGCUGCCAAAAUAUAGCUGAACAUCGUCGAACAUCUGUACCCGCCAGGUACACGCAUUAAGUGGGCAUUUACCAAACAGGCCGAAGGCAGAACAAAUUAUUGCAGCCUGUCGGCAAGGUUGGGGGCCGUUCCACGAGAUGCACAUGAUUGGUAAGACGAAAGGCAGGCUUCAUAGCAUGAUAAAAAAUUGCGCAUCUGUUGCAAUCGACCAUUUUAAGAAUUAGAACCAUGUCCUCUUGAUUACAUCGCUCCUUUUGGCAGAGGCAUUUACUUUACAUCAGGUUUUGACAUCCUGUUAGCCUACCUGAUAGAACGUCUUUCGUUAAGAUUUUUAGUAUGUGUUCCUUAGAUUUGCUUGAUGUACACAACACGGUAGGAACGCAUCCUUUCAAUCCAUCUUACUGCAGAUUUGGAGAGAGACCGCCCAUCGGUAAAAAUAUUACCACGGGAGGACAGAAACGCGUAUUUCGCGACAUUCUAACAUAACGGCCUGCCUGCCCGUAGUUCGCUAGUGCCUUGGUAUACAAUUUUAACCUAAUGAACGUAGUGCCCUAAUAAUAACGGCUGUUCCCUCCGCUGCUCACUCCUCGAAACAGUGCUCGAAAUUCUUAGUGUUUCGUCCCCGAGUCUCGGAAAAUGAAAUUUCAAUGAAGAUAGGCCAGGUUAGUAGGCUGACAUUCUGAGCCUUUAGUUUUGUUUUAUUUUCCACGCUUAAGCUCUGCUCCCAAAAAAGGUUUCAUCUUUCAAAGCCAUUCGCUACGGAUUGGACUGUUGCGAGAACGUGGCGUAGGGCAAAAAAAAAAAGUGAGACUCGUGAAGGGGCACUUGCUGCCUUUGGGGCUGGUCAUUUAAUCGCUGCCUAACAUGCAUCUAGCUCUUCUGAACGUAAUACUAGUAGUGCAUAGGGCUGUCAAACAAUCCAUAGAGCUUUGCUGCUGCUCCUAGUUUGCACAACCAAGCCUGUUUUGGUCCUACUGGUUCGAAGAGCCGAAAUGGGAAGUAUGGUUGCCCAGGCUUUUGCUUUUUCUUCACCGCUGCAUUUAUUAUUGUCCAUGCCGUUGUGUCGCAAGUAUGUGACUCCACAUUCUGGCAAGACCUUCUUCAGUGUACAAGUCAACAGGUAUCGCCACAUCUGUUAGCAACUUGUGAUUUUUAAACGCUUUCGUAUACACCUUCGCUCAGUGGCCAGAGCUUUGUUUUGGAAUUGUCCCGGUUGAUCUAUAGUGGCUGAUGCCACGCUCGUUCGCAGCAAUAUGUAGUCAUGCUUUGCUAUCUUGCUUCGUUGAAGUGUUAUCUAUAUUAUCUUUACAUACGCAUACCGAAUAAGCACAACACAACACAACAUUCCUGUAUGACAGAAAAACAGUGCAGCUCUAAGGUCUUGUCUCAGACACUUCUGCCGUGCUUUUGGUCUUAGACUGUGUAGAAGGUAUCGCUGUGCGAGUACUGUUCCAAGCUUAAAUUGUGUUCAAGUGAAGUAGCAAAGUGAAACAAAAGGCAUUAGCAAAUCAUUAAUCCACACUUUAUAACCAGUAAUCUUUUUUUAUUAACCUUAAAGUGUAACAUCCUCUUACUGGUUCCUGCUCUUGUAUCUUCAACGCUUCCUUCUUAAGGAUUUUCAUUAUCAGUAUUCAAUAUCUGCAGUCACGUUUUGCAUUAGAAAUGAAGUUUCUUUUCAUUGAACUUGCUCUUCACCAAUAAGUCAUUUCUGUAAUGCUUGCAUUGCCCCUUUAUUGAUUAGAUGUUGUGACGAGUAGGCACUUUAUAUGGAGCUUUUGAUGUUCACGCUGCAAUCAGUGCCACCUAGGAUCGCUUUUAAUUUUUUUUACUUAUUCACACAGACCUACUUGAAAGAUUACGGUGUCUUACGCAUCACAUAAUAGGGGCCUUUUUGCUGCCAUUACGCAAGACUGCCUUGCGUUGGGAUACGAAGUAUGCUGUGCUUCAGUGAUUCUCUGAUAUGUCCCCAUUUCAGUUGUAUCACGUUGUAUUUGCGUUUUAUCAUUCCUGUCAUCUAAGGUACAUUCACUGUAUUAAAAUAAUAUUAAGUGCAUUAGAAUGCUGUGAAACCUCUGAGAAAGAAAAAAGUUGUACAACAGUUUGAUGGAUAUUUUUUCUCGUUUCUUUUUAUCCCCGUGAAGUUUCUGGCACUGUGAAUUUAGUACGGUGGUUCUAUUUUGCAUUUCUUUGCACUGUGUCGUCACUGAAUGUUUCUGCUUUAACCACUUCCAUGUUUACAUUUUCGUUGGCAGUUGCAACUAUUAUCAUCUCUCCUGUGGUGUUGAAACAUCUGCAGCAUAAGCGUAUCAGACAUAUUAGUGCAUUACAAAUGCAAAUUACUGAUGACUACCUGUAACAAUAUUGCUGCUAUAAACGAAUAACGCAGCGAUACUGUAACGAGUAAUGACUUAAUGCUCCCCAUCGACCAAGUGCAGUCAGUAGCGUGUCCUGAUUUUGUGCAAAUACUGACUGCACUUGGUCGAUGGGGAGCAUUCAGCCAUUACUCGUUACAGUAUCGCUGUGUUAUUCGUUUAUAAGAGCAGCAGUGCAAUUAGUCAUCAGUAGAGUUACGAUGAUGUACACUAGCAGGCUUCGAUAUAACAUAAAUGUAUCCCACUGAAAUUUUCUUCUUAACUAAUCUAAAUAAGCGAUGUGGUGCUUCCCUCUACAAUGAACGUGCCAUACAAAAGGAGGAAGGCCUGCAUGUAAUUACACUUCAAAGUGGGUCUAAUUGAAAACUUUGCUCGCCUCAAGUUGAUUGUCAGUUAAAUUGCACGGACACGCUAAGGUAGUCCAAAACAUGGAGUGGGUUAAUGUGCAGAAGCUGAACUAAAUAACUGUGUGACAGUGCAGAUGAUUUUAAGUCUGUAGAACGUAUUAGAUAAAAUUGAAGAUUGUUGUAAGUUUUUAUGCUGAGAUGCCUUUCAGGCUAACAUGGCAAUGUCUUUGAAGCUUUCUAUUAUGGUUGGUUGAAUAAGUCCACCGACGUUUUGAGCUCUUAUUUAGUCCACCGCAGCCACACCUGCGCUAUUUCAGUGUUCAAGCACAAAACACCACACGUGGUCUUUAUAGACUGGAAGUCGCCAUGAGAUAGUGUCACUUAUUGCAACUAGGACAAAAAAUUUGAGCUGCAAUACCAUAUUCAGUUAAUGUGAGAUCAGUAUGCAUACAAAUGCUGUCUUCUGUAGUGAUAUUCAGAAAGGUCUAUCAUAUAAUCCUUACCGUAUAACAGGCUGUAAUUGCAUGUGAAAUGGUAGAUGCAUACGGCCUCUGAGUUUAACGUUAAUGCGAAGCUUUGUAUACACUGCUUUUUAGCUUUUUGUACUAUGAGUUUGGGUUUGGUGUCCUUAAGAGCUACCUGCUUCGGUGCUUCACAUUGUUUUGGAAUUGUCGGUGCCAUUGUCCACAGCUUUUCCCUUUGCUCGGUGCGAACAUUUUCUGCGAAUGUUUUAGGAGGGAUUGUGCUGGAAAUGGGAGUUUUAAGCAGAGAUGCCUUUUUUUUGCUACUGUUUGUGUUUAAUUUUGCCCUGCUUUUUGUGGGAAAUCUUUCACAGAGACAAUGACAGUUGCAGAGACCGCAGGGCUUCUGCAGCUCGCGAAGAGCUGUUGCUCAAAAGUUCUAGGUUGGUGUCAUACGGAGAAAACAUCUUGCGAAGCAUUAGGAGCUCUUCUGCAGCAAUCUGCUGAUGAGAGACGUGAAGGAAAUGGGAAGGAGGAUGGAAACAAGAUGCAGAUUGUGGAACUUCACACAAACUCUGGCUUCCACGCUAUGAUUUGUUGCAGUUUUUGUUGCCUGGUUGCUCUGCUUACGCCUUUCUUUUUCUUGUCCUCUGUAUGUUGUAACAAUAUAUUGUUUUUGAUAGUAAAAUAUUGUUUUUCAAUGCGA